AAAGCUCAGCAUCCUUUUGGCCUUAUUGCUCUUCCAGCUGCACAUAUUGGUGUUGGAAUCAGUGGUCAGGAGGGCAUGCAGGCUGUUCUUUCCAGUGACUUCUCCAUUGCCCAGUUCCGCGAUCUGCAGCGUUUGCUGCUGGUGCACGGGCGCUGGUCGUAUCUGCGCAUGUGCAAGUUUCUACAGUAUUUCUUCUACAAGAACUUCACCUUCACCUUCGUACAUUUCUGGUACGCCUUCUUCUGUGGCUUUUCUGCACAGACCGUGUAUGACCAGUGGUUUGUCAGCAUGUACAAUGUCGUGUACACAGUCCUCCCUGUCCUUGGCAUGAGUUUUUUUGACCAGGAUGUGAAUGAUCGCUGGAGUUUCCAGCAUCCUCAGCUCUACUCUCCGGGGCCUCUGAAUAUUUACUUCAAUAAAAGGUCCAUGGCGUGCUGCAUGAUCCACAGCUGCUACAGCUCCCUUGUUGUUUUCUUCAUCCCGUGGGCGGCCAUGCACGACACGGUCGCAGAUGACGGCAAAGAUAUUGCUGAUUAUCAGUCUUUUGCUUUCAUGGUGCAGACAUGUCUUCUUCUUGUCGUCAACAUCCAGCUUUGUCUAGACACAAAUUACUGGACAGCCGUGAACCAGUCCUUUAUGUGGGGGAGCCUGAUAUUGUACUUCGCCACCACGUUUGCCAUGCACAGCAACGACAUGUUCUCCAUAUUCACCUCUGUAUUCCCUUUCAUCGGCACAGCAAGGAACUCUCUGAGCCAGCCGAAUGUGUGGCUGACAAUAUUCUUGACAUGCCUCCUCUGUGGUCUUCCGGUGUUGGCCUUCCGUUUCAUUGUCAUUCAACUUCGGCCUACCGUCAAUGACAAGGUGAGAUAUAAGGUGCGUAAGGAGGGGCUACCAGGUCCUGUUCCUUGCCGUCCGCCAGCCAGGCGAGUCAGCACUCGGCGGUCGAGCUACGCCUUCUCUCAUGCUCAGGGCUAUGGCGAGCUGGUGACAUCACGAAGAUUCCUGCUAAAACGUUCUGUCAAGAGUCGCAACAAUGACACCAAAGAGCCACAGCUCUACCGUAUAAUCUCAAAGGAUUCAGAGCAUCAACCGCAGAAGCACUAAUUAAUAGGUAGCAGCUCACUGAGACCAUAUGUUACUUUCUCAUCCACUACCCAUUACUGACACCGUGGAAGUCAGUUUAUGAGGAAAGUAAUACAAAAUCUUAAUUUUGUCUGUAUUUUUAUUUGCUCGUGUA